CCUAGUGCUUUACGAAAGAAUUUAGUUUCAGCGAUACUAGUCUCUGGUAAUGCACGAGGCGCCAAAAUACGUUCUAUUUUGAGCAGUAUUAUACAAAGUGAGGCCAUUUAUGUGGAAUGCCUAAACAAAAUGCUGCAGUAUAAACGAGCCAUACACUCGACACUCGGCACAUCACAGCCUGUGAUCAAAGAAGAUGAGGAAAAUACGAUUUUCUUCAAAAUCGACGAACUAUACGAUGUGCAUACACAAUUUCUAAGCAAUUUAAAAACGAUCGUUGCACACGAGGGUGGAGACGUGCUAAUCGGUGAGCCCUUCAAACGUCUCGCCGAGAGUUUCAAUUUAUAUAGCGCUUUUUUACAUAACUAUGGCCAAGCCAUUGAAACCGUAAAGAAGUGCAGCGCAAAUAAUCCACAAUUUAAGCAAAUUGUAUCCACAAUUGUUAUAAAUUUGCACACCGAGCAAUCACUAACGCUGGAGGAUUUGCUACAUAAACCGGUGGCGCGUGUACAAAUCAAUGCUUUAGUAUUCAACGAUUUGUUGCGCGAGACACCACCCAAUCAUCCAGAUCAUCAGCCGCUGCGUCAGGCUCACAAGACCAUACAUUUGUUCUUGAAGCAAUUCAAUGUAGUUAAUCAGCGCUUACCCACAGAAUCGAACAAGAAUCUGAGGCGUAUGGUUAAGAACUCAUUCAUUGUUGAAUUAGUGNUUAUCGCCUGUGCCAAAUACAAGGCAUCCGGUAGAGAUCGCAUCGACUACGAACUCAAAUGGUUUAUACCAUUAAAGGAUGUCAUCGUCUACGAGGAAGCAGACGCCAGUGCUGACCUUAAAGAAUCUAGUCCUGCAAAUAUCUUGCAAUUGAAAACACAAGCGUGCACCGUACGCGAUCAAUUAUUACUUGAAGAGAAAGAUGAGAAAGGACGAAAGUCCAAUGGCUUGCGUUCGGGAGAUAAAUAUCGUCGCAAAUUGGCCGAUUUGGAGUCACAGCUAGUUUUGGCCUCACCGAAUUUAGUCUUCCGCAUUGGCAACAGAGCUACAAAUAAGACGAUCACGUUCUUCUUAAGUUCGGAUUUCGAGCGCACACAAUGGAAUGAGUCGAUUAUGUCUUUGAAGCAAACUUGUAAUAUACCCGGCGCGAAUACGAUAAACGCGCUGGAGGUACAUGCCUUCAUCGUAGCCAUGCAGAAGGGUAUGAAAACCGAAAUGGGCUCUUAUCUAAUGCGAAACACCAACGACGAAAGCUUAUUGGUCGGCGAUCUACAUAUGACUGUACAGGGUUUGACAGGACUUGAUCAGCCUGCUGAUUUGUAUAUUUGCAUUGAGGUGGAUUCUUAUGGUCAUUACUUUCGCAAGGCAACGACGAAGAUGGUAUGCCGCAGCAUGAGUCCACUUUGGAAUGAGAGUUUCGUAUUGGAACUCGAGGGCAGUCAGAAUGUACGCAUUCUACUGUAUGAAGCACAUGAGCGCCCAAAACUACGUGCUAAGCAUGUACUGAAGCUUAGUCGAAGUUGGUUGCAGGAGACUCCAAUGCCACGAGUACUGAAACUUGGCGAAACAAUAACGCUAAACACCACGCUUCGGUUUGUUCCCGGCGAAGUGACGUUACGGCGUGUGCCAACAUCGAAACCGGGUGCGCUCUUCGGUGCCAAAAUGAGUCAAGUUUUAAAGCGUGAGAAGCGUGACAUUCCGUUUAUAAUUAGUGCCUGCAUACGUGAGGUAGAGAGACGUGGCAUGUCUGAAGUGGGCAUUUAUCGGGUGAGCGGAUCGGCUUCCGAUUUGGCAAAAUUGAAGAAAUCUUUUGAAACAAAUGCCUACGAGGCUGAACAACUGCUAAAGGAUGUGGAUAUACACUCAGUAACGGAUUUGAAGUCAUAUUUGCGAGAGUUGCCCGAAGCAUUGUUCACUGAUGCGCUGUAUCCGAAAUUCUUUGAAACUUUUAGCGCCUUUAGCAACAAUAACGAAGCAGCGCGCAUAAGCGAACUCACAAAAGUAUUUGAAGAACUGCCACAGGCUAAUAAAGCAUCCAUAACCCAUAUUUUGGACCACUUAAUAAGGGUGCAUAAUCAGGAAGCGGACAAUAAGAUGUCAUUGCAUAAUUUAGCUAUGGUGUUUGGUCCGACGUUACUAAGGCCUGGUCAAACGCAAGCCAAACAAAAGGACCUUCUCGCUUCCAGUACAGUUGAUGUUAUGGCACAAGCUGGCAUUCUCUAUUGCUUCCUGCAGGCUCGCAUAAAAAAGGAUAAAUUUUCAAUCAUAAGCGAGUGGAAUUAAUGAAAUAUGAAAACCAGAAAUAUUGUAUAAUGCAUAUAUUUUUGUAGCAAGCAAGCGCCUUUGUAUGCAUGAGCAUAACCUGCGUAAGAGAAAUUAUUCUUAUAACUACGUAGCUUCCAUUGUAUUUGUACAUACAUACAUAUGCAAAGCAAAUGUCGACAGUUCGCUGUACUAAAGAAAAAACUGAAUAUGGCGAUGUAGGAACAGAUGCGUUGAAAGAUAUACAAAAAAAAAAACAAAAACA